AUGUCGGGCGAAGCCGAAAUCUGCGAAUCCUAUCAGUUAAAAUGGGGUUUGUAUCCGUCGUACAUGCAUUCCUGCAUUUCAACCGCUUUGUACAAUGACUCGUUCACGGACGUGGCGUUGGUUACUACCGAUGGCCAUCAGAUCAUGGCCCAUCGAUUCGUGCUGUCGUACAGCAGUGUCUAUUUAGCCCAGAUAUUGAAACUUCAACGGAAAGUGACCACAGCAUUGCCGCUCAUGAUCGUUCUACCUCAAGAAAUCGACCAUAAAUGUUUGAAGGUAUUGGUGCGGUACAUGUACAGCGGCGAGGCGAAGGUGUCCAAAGACAUUCUGAAGAACGUGCUGAGAGGAGGCGAUAUUCUCCAAAUUAAAGGACUGUAUAGAGAGAAGGGUGAUCCAGAUAGAGUUACCCGCAUUACGCAACAACAGCAAGCAAUAAGCCAACCUGCUGUAUCUCCUGUUUCAAUUUCGCAACCAUCAACAAGUGGUUUAUCAAAAGCAACAACUGUGCCGCCAUCCCAACCUGGAUCGAGCGCUGUCCAGACAAAAUUGGUUGCCGCUAAGCAAAAUAAAACUCCGCAUAAAACAAUGAUUGUGAUGCCUGUCAAUACAGAAAAAGGAAAGCAACCGUUGAAAACUGUGACACUCAAACCUGGUUCAAUCCCAAAGGUUCUAAAUUUCUCUUUUGAACAAACUUUCAAGAAGAUUGAAGAUCAAUCUUUCAAGAAGAUCCAAGAUCAGUCUAUAACUGAAUCUAAAUCAAACGAGAACGCCGAUAAGAAUAACGCAACUAUCAAGCCCGAGCCAAAAGAAACCAACAACCUACAGUUCUUGGUGAUUAAAGAUGAACCAAUAGACUGGAGUGAAGCAGACAUGGAAAUAAUCGAAUCCAAGGAAGUUUUUGAUGAUAUAAAAUCAGAACCGACUGACGAUGAAGAACUAGAAACUACCCAACAAGAAGACCAAAUAUUCUCGCCUCUGACCUGCGAACUUUGUACAGAAACCUUCACUGUUCCUUCAGAAUGGGUGCGUCAUGUCCAAACUCAUACGGACAUGCUCCCAGCAAAGCGAAGACGCCAUGACAGUUCAGGAGAAUCAUACGAAAACGACACUUUUCCGGAAUUGAUGUGCGACUUGUGCCAGAAAGGGUUCUCAACACCAGCUGAAUGGGUGAAACACAUUCAAAACGAGCACACUGAAUUCGAGCUUCACAUGAGUAAUGUUAAGGAUCCACAAUAUAAGAAGAUUGUGCCCGUUAUGGCGAAAAAAAUUAAUAAAGAAGAUGAUAAAGCUAGUAAACAAUGCCCAGACUGCCAGAAGGUGUUUCCAUCCCAAGCCUCUAUGUUGGUGCACAAACGAAGUCAUACUGGAGAGAAGCCAUAUGGGUGUGGGAAGUGCAACAAAAGCUUCAAUGUGAAGAGUAAUUUGGUGAGGCAUUUGAGGACUCUCCACAAUAAGAUUGUCAGUGCUAAUGAUAUUGAUAAUAAAGAUGUUUCUGAUAACAGUAACUAA